CCUCGAUGUGCACAGCCGUUUAUUUAAUGCAUCGAGCAUUUCUUUGAUUCUGAUUUGCUGCAUUUAUUUUGUCAACUCAAUAAUUGACCAAAUAAGCAGGAAAACAAUUUAAAAUGGCCUCCGGUCGUGAGGUGGUAACCUUACAGUUUGGUAAUUUUGCAAAUUAUAUUGGCGCACAUUGGUGGAAUAUUCAGGAGUCUAGUUUCAACUAUAAUCCUGAAGGCGCACCUUCUGAAAUAAACCAUGACGUACUAUACAGGGAAGGUGUAAAUUUAAAUAGGCAGGUCACUUACACGCCGCGUCUAUUACUUGUGGAUUUGGAUGGUUCACUAAAGCACUUACCACGAGAAGGGGAACUGUAUGGCAACAGCAUUAAACGGACACAGGACAACGAUGCUAAUGAAGAGGAUGCAGUAAAGAAGCUUAAAGAAGAUCUCCAAACCUUGUCCACUGAGGUAGAAGUGGUACAACAACCAACAGCUUCAAGACAUGACUUUCAAAAAGAUCUCGACAAUCCAGUGGUCGAUAUUCAAGACAUCGACUACAGUUUAACAGACAAUGUAGAAACGUGGACGGACUAUCUUUAUGCGCGCUAUCAUCCGCGCACUGUAAAUGUAAUUAAUGAAUAUAAACACAAUCCCGAAAAGCAAACAUUCGACACAUUUGCAUGCGGUGUACAGCUCUGGAAAACGGAGCAGUUCGAGGAGGAGUUUUGUGACAAAAUACGUAAAUACGUGGAGGAGUGCGACUAUUUACAAGGUUUCCAAACUAUAUUCGAUUGCUUUAAUGGCUACUCGGGUUUGGCUACGGAGUGUCUAGCGCAUUUGAAUGAUGAGUAUGGCAAAGCGAAUUUUGCGCUACCAGUUUACUCACCGCAAAAUACGCUCUUUGAAAAUGCAGAUGAGCCCAUGACAGACUCCAUACGUGUGGUGAAUAGCGCAUUAGCGUUUCAAAAACUCAGCGAGCAAGCAUCAUUAUUUGUGCCACUCAGCACAUGUGAUCGUGUCUGGCGACAGUUGGGCAAAGCACGCCAAAUACGUGCGCUUAAUUACAAAUCGGAUAAUUUGUAUCAAACCUCAGCUGUACUUGCUGCAUAUUUAGAUACAAUCUCACUACGUUAUCGGCUGCGCAAUGCGCCCAGCGCUUACUCCCUUGCCGGUUUCUGUGGCGACAUAAACAAUUACGGACGCAAAUUGGCAGCAGCUGGAUUUGCGCUACCCUUCCCUAUGCAGCAUGAUCAGGAUCUUAUUGAUUGUUUAGAUAAAUUUGAAGGCUCAAUCUUCACGCCACUCACACCAAACUGCAGCAUUGGUACUGAUUACAUUAUACAGUCGCUUUGUGUGCGCGGCAUACCACACGAACGUCUCAAGCGUCCUUUGGAGAAAGCGAAAGAUCAAAUGCGUAUGGCUGCCUAUAAAUGUGAUAGCGUAUCGGAAAUGUUUCAACUCUAUUUGCAGUGCGCGAAUCAUGCGAGUAUGGCGCAUGUGGCUUCAGUGUCGAUGGCUAUGCCAACGCGUAUUCCAUACCCCAGUGAAAUGUUUACUGAAGAAGUAACAAAGUUAGGCUUCCUCUCGGCUGCAACAAAACGGCCAGCUGAAGAGAAAGUGGUCUCUGUGCCGACGCUUGCAGCUGCGCAGUCAUCCAGCGAGUUGGGUGACACUUUAGAAACAUUGCACCGCGAAGCGAAACGCGUGAAAAUAGCAAAACUGCAUCGCUACAAAGCUGCAGGUAUGGAGGAAGAUGAUUAUGUAGAUGCGCUCGAGCAGCUGCUGCUCUUCAAAGACAACUAUGAAGAUAACUUUGAAUUGUAGCACGCACGCGAAAAUAGAAUUACGCGUAAAAUCAAGCAAACGCGGGUUUAUGUAAAAUUAAAAUUAAGCACGUGGAUAUCAAUACGAUAUACUUUAACAUUAACAUAUAGCGCAUACUCGAAUGAAAUGCUUAGGCGCUCUACAAUAUGGGAGGUUAGAAUGUCUCUCCGGGUUAGAGCUUCAGAGCUUACUUA